AUGGGCGUCGAACCUCUUUAUUUGCUGCAAAACCAGCACGCUGUGAACUCCAAAGACAGCUUUUCGGAGACUUCUUCUCUGUCUUCGAGUUCAUCGGUGGACGUUCAAGGCGUAAUCGAAGAAGCCGGCUCAUUGGUCGAGAAACUCAAGUCCUGUAGUCGCAUAAUCGAUUCCAACGCUGGAAUCGACAACGAUGACUCGAUUGUGUGCUCCAAGUCAGAACUCGUUGAGAGUUUAGAGAAACUGAACCAAUUGCUGACGAGCUCUAAUGACCAGGUCAAUGGCCUCAAAUUCAAAAACAUGAUGCUGACAUCAAGCAUCAAGGACUCCACUUCCAGAUUCGAAGUAGAGUCGGAACUGCAAAAACAACAAUCGGAAAGGAUCAGAUGCCAAUUGGUUAUGAACACUCAUCAGCUCCAAGAUAAACUUCGAGUUCAAGAUCUGAAGCUUCUCAAAUACAAGAAGACCAUCCGAGAGAAAAACGUGGAGAUCAACAAGCUAAGACGUUUGUUGAAUCGAUCGGGAACAUCAAAUCCACAAUCAUUGCAUCAUACUCCUCAAUCCAUAACGAAACCCCCCAAAUUACAUCGGAUCUCCAAGCUGCAGCAUAAAAACUCUAACAUGUUAACCACACUCGGGCUGCUAGCAUCGCAUGUGCUGAGCGAGCGCAAAACUGUUCCUACCAACGUUCUUGAAACUACGGAAUCGGAUAUUUCACACGACAGUUUUUAUAACCGUCGCCCUUCCUCGGAUACGCUCUCCAGGAGCCCUCAUUUACUAACGAUUCCAACACUACCCAAAAGUUCCAGUUCCAUGACUCCGAUCUCUGAGAAGUCAUCGAGUAACAUUCUGCCUAAAUUCCAUAGUUUCAGCGCAUUUGCUGACAGUCAACAAUAA